AGGUCAACAUAUAGUUAAAUUCUGCUUAAGGAUGAAAGAGCUUAGAAUUAUUGCACUUUGGGUGUUGAUUUGGACUUUAAAUGCAAGAGAAGCUUCCGCUGAUGCCUAUUGUGACUAUGUCAACAACAGAGAUUGUACAGUAUAUCCCAACAUUGCAGUUUGUGGAACAAACGGGGUGACAUACGCAAACAUCUGUUAUAUAGCAAAAGCAAAAUGUUCAGACAAAACCAUUCACACGGCAAGCAACGGCCCAUGUCACUCAACAGCCUCAUCAACAAAGGCGGCCACGAUGACGACUUCAACUUCAACAACAACAACUACAUCAACAACAACAACUUCUUUCGUCGCUUAUCUGUGUAGUGAUAUUCUGGCCAAGCAAUGUGACGGUAAUAUAGAACCGGUUUGUGGAACAAAUAACGCAUGGUACAUAAACACAUGUGAAUUUCAAAAAGCUCGAUGCAUUGAUAGUACAAUCGGUCUAAAUCACCUUGGACAAUGCGGAGAUGCAUUGUUUGGUUGAUGUCAUUAUGUUGUAAGCGGAAAGUCUAAAAAUAAACGAAGACAUAUC